GAGCGGGAAUGGGAGCGGCAAUCGCUCGAGGUCAAACUCAACCUGGAGGAGCAGAGCCAGCAGCAGGAGCGGCUGAUGCUGUCCAUCCUGCCGCGGCACGUGGCUGACGAGGUGCUCAAGGACAUGCAGAAGGACCCGCGGCAGAAGGAGCGGCAGCAAUUCAACACCAUGUACAUGUACAGGCACGAGAACAAGCACCACCAGCUGCGGAUCAAGAUCCUGGGGGAUUGCUAUUACUGCAUCUGCGGGCUGCCGGAAUUCCGCGAGGAUCACGCGGCCUGCUCCAUCCGCAUGGGACUCGCCAUGGUGGACGCCAUCGCCUCUGUGCGGGAGCAGACGCACACAGCCCUGGACAUGCGCGUGGGCGUGCACAGCGGCGCCGUGCUGGGCGGCGUGCUGGGACAGAAGCGAUGGCAGUUCGACGUCUGGUCCACCGACGUCACCGUGGCCAACAAGAUGGAGGCCGGCGGCAUCCCCGGUAGCCCCAGUUACCCAGGUGGCCCAGGAGGCCCAGGUGGCCCAGUGACCCCAGUGACCCAGGUGGCCGUAGUGGCCCAGGUAUCCAUGGUGGCCCAGGUAGUGGCCCCAGUGUCCCAGGUGGCUGUGGUGGCCGUGGUGAUCAUGGUGGUCCAGGUGGCCCGGGUGGUGGCCACGGUGGCCCAGGUGGUGGCCCCAGUGACCAUGGUGGCCCAGAAGCUGUCCCUGACCUCGUCCCACGGCGUGUCCCCCCCUCCUGCCGAGCGCAACGGGAGCCUCAGCCCGGAGCACGCGGAGCACGCGGAGCCCUCGCUGGACCUCGAUGACGACGACGGAGAGGCCCCCAACCCGUCCUUCCCCAACCCUCGGCGGCGGCUGCGGCUGCGGGACCUGGCGGAGCGCGUCGCGGGCGCGGCGCAGAACGAGCAGGAGCUGCACCGGCUGCUCAACGAGGCGCUGCUGGAGCGCGAAUCCAUCCAGGCGCUGAAGGGGAAGAGCACGUUCCGGCUGUCGCUGCGCUUCACCGACCCCGACAUGGAGACGCGCUACUCGGUGGAGAAGGAGAAGCAGAGCGGCGCCGCCUUCAGCUGCUCCUGCGUGGUGCUGCUCUUCACCGCCAUGGUGGAGGCCGUCAUCGACCCCUGGCUCGUGACCAACUACGCCUCCUUUGCCGUGGGGGAGCUGCUGCUGCUGCUGCUGACGCUCUGCUCCCUGGCCGCCAUCUUCCCCAGGGCCUUCCCCAAGAAGCUGGUGGCCUUCUCCACCUGGAUCGACCGCACCCGCUGGGCUCGCAACACCUGGGCCAUGGCGGCCAUCGCCAUCGUCACCGCCGCCGACAUCGUGGACAUGGGUCAUGGCUGUGAGGAGCAGCCCAGAUAUGGCAGUGAAGUCACCCUGGUAGCCACGGUGGCCACCAUGUCCCCACUGUGGUAUUCCCACAUUUCUGGGCCCUAUUCCAACAUUUCCAGCCCAUUUUUCCGCAUUUCCAGGCUCAUAUUCCUGCAUUUCCGGGAUGAGCUGUACAGCCAGUCGUACGAGGAGAUCGGGGUGAUGUUCGCGUCGCUGCCCAACUUUGCGGAUUUCUACACGGAGGAGAGCAUCAACAACGGCGGCAUCGAGUGCCUGCGCUUCCUCAACGAGAUCAUCUCCGACUUCGACGCCCUCCUGGACGAGCCGCAGUUCCGCUGCAUCACCAAGAUCAAGACCAUCGGCAGCACCUACAUGGCCGCCUCGGGGGUGACGCCCGACGCCGGCGCCAACGGCUUCGGAGCCGUGAUUUGGAUCAAAAUUGGGAUUGGGAUUGGAAACUGGAUCAGGAUUGGGAUAUGGAUCAGAUUCGGGAUCUGGGUCUGGAUUGAGACUGGGAUUGGGAUCAUUAUCAGGAUUGGGAUAGGGAUAGGGUUUGGUUUUGGAAUUGCAGUUGGAGUUAGAAUUGGGAUCAGGAUCGAGGUCUGGAUUGGAAUUGGGAUCAGAAUUGGGAUUAGGAUUGGGAUUGGGAUCAGGAUCAGGGUCUGUAUUGGGAUUGGGAUUGGGAUCAGGAUCAGGAUAAGGAUUGGGAUCAGAAUCAGGAUUGGGAUCAGGAUCGCGAUUGGGAUUGGAUUUGGGAUCGAAAUUGGGAUCAGGAUCGGGAUCUGGAUUGGGAUUGUCACCCGGAACAGGACCCAGAUAGGGAUUGGAGUCAGGAUCAGGGUCGAGAUCAGAAUCAGGAUUAGGGAUGGGAUUUGGAUUGGGAUCGGGAUCAGGAUUGGGAUUGAGAUUGGGAUUUGA